GGCGUCAGUUCAGAGUCGCACAAUUAUGAAAAAGCAACCUUCCGCUGGAGCUGCAGCUAGGGCAGAUUUCACCAGCGACAACUGGACUUUCCUUCCAAGGCUAACAGAAAAGAACACCGCCGAUAGAUGGAUAAAAGCCUCGGAGAAGCUCUUCCUGAGUCUCAACGGUGAAGAGAAUGUCCCAGAAAUCCUGGAUAGAAAGCACUUUCACCAAGAGGGAAUGUGUCCACAUACUUCCAGUGUCGAAAGACCCCCACAGAUGCCUUCCAGGAUGUCAGAUCUGCCAGCAGUUGGUGAGAUGCUGCUGUGGUCGGCUGGUACGGCAGCAUGCUGGGUUUACAGCCAGCCUGGCCAUGAAGUACUCAGACAUGAACUUGGGUGGGGGGGCAGAGGGUGGAGUGCAGCCGGAGUUGGAGGAGUGGGCUGUGGACAAACACACACAGGAGAGCCCUACAGACGCUUACGGCAUCGUUAACUUCCAGGGAGGGUCGCACUCUUACAGAGCCAAGUAUGUGCGUCUGUCCCAUGACAGCAGGCCAGAGAGCAUCCUGAGGCUGAUGCUGAAUGAGUGGCAGAUGGAGCUUCCUAAGAUCCUCAUCUCUGUCCACGGAGGCAUCCAGAACUUUGACCUGCACCCCCGAAUCAAACAGGUGGUGGGGAAGGGCCUGAUCAAAGCGGCUGUCACCACCGGGGCAUGGAUACUGACAGGAGGGGUUAACACAGGUGUUGCCAAACAUGUGGGUGAUGCGUUGAAGGAACACUGUUCUAGAUCGUCAAGGAAGAUCUGUACAAUUGGAGUCGCUCCCUGGGGCGUCAUUGAGAACCGCAAUGACCUCAUCGGGAGAGACGUUGUAGCCCCCUACCAGACGUUGCUGAACCCCCUAUCCAAGCUCAAUGUGUUGAACAACCUCCACUCCCACUUCCUACUGGUGGAUGAUGGGACGGUGGGGAAGUACGGAGCUGAGGUCGAACUACGCCGCGAGCUGGAAAAACACAUCAAACUGCAGAGGAUACACGCACGAAUUGGUCAGGGUGUUCCUGUGGUAGCGCUGAUAUUUGAGGGGGGUCCCAACGUAAUUCUGACGGUGUUGGAGUACCUUCAGGAGACUCCCCCUGUUCCUGUGGUGGUCUGUGAGGGGACUGGGCGUGCUGCUGACAUACUGGCCUACGUCCACAAACAGACUGAGGAGGGGGGGGGUCUACCUGACGGUGUGGAGACGGAAAUCAUCGCUACGAUCAAAAAGACGUUCAACUUCAGCCACAGCGAUGCUUUGCACCUCUUCCAGACCCUUAUGGAAUGUAUGAAGAGCAAAGAACUGAUCACUGUGUUUCAUAUUGGCUCUGAGGACCACCAGGAUAUCGAUGUGGCCAUACUGAGGGCAUUACUGAAAGGCACCAAUGAGUCUGCGUUUGACCAGCUGGUUCUGACUCUGGCCUGGGACCGGGUGGACAUCGCCAAGAACCAUGUGUUUGUCUACGGACAGCAGCUACUGGUGGGUUCGUUGGAGCAGGCCAUGCUGGAUGCCUUAGUGAUGGACCGUGUGGAGUUUGUGAAGCUCCUGAUUGAGAAUGGAGUUAGCAUGCACAGGUUCCUUACCAUCACACGGCUGGAGGAGCUAUACAACACGUCUGUUUAUCCAUGGUCCUGCUGGGCAUCGUGUUUAUCUCUGUCUCUGCUGUUCCAGAAACAGUCCCCUACCAAUCCCACGCUCUUCAACCUCGUAAGGGAUGUCAAACAGGGUAAUCUCCCCCCAAACUACAAGAUGACCUUAAUUGACAUUGGCCUGGUGAUAGAGUACCUGAUGGGCGGGACUUACAGGUGCAACUACACCAGGAAACGCUUCAGGAUCAUCUACAACAAUCUCCAUGGCAACAGCAGGAGGUCAGGUCGCCACUCUGCAGGGCCUGGGUCCCACCUGAGGAAGAGCCAAGAGUCGUUCAGUAUCCAGGCCGACAAGAAGGAGAAGACCAGGCACAACCACUUCAUCAAGACUGCACAGCCAUACAAACCCAAGUUGGAGUCGGCGACAGACCAGUCCAAGAAAAAAGCCAAGGAGGAGAUAGUUGACAUCGACGACCCGGAGACGCGCAGGUUCCCGUACCCGUUCAAUGAGCUGCUGAUGUGGGCCGUCCUGAUGAAUAGGCAGAAGAUGUCUCUGUUCUUCUGGCAGCAUGGGGAGGAAAGCAUGGCCAAGGCCCUGGUGGCCUGUAAACUCUGUCGCUCCAUGGGCUAUGAGGCCAAGAAGAGUGACGUCGUCGACGACACCUCCCAGGAACUCAAGGACUACUCCAAUGAAUUUGGCACCCUAGCAGUGGACCUCCUGGAGCAGUCGUUCAGACAGGAUGAAACCAUGGCGAUGAAACUGCUGACCUACGAACUGAAGAACUGGAGUAACAGCACCUGUCUGAAGCUGGCCGUGUCGUCGCGGUUACGACCCUUCGUGGCUCACACCUGUACCCAGCUGCUGCUGUCAGACAUGUGGAUGGGACGACUCAACAUGAGGAAGAACUCCUGGUACAAGGUGAUCCUCAGUAUCCUGGUGCCUCCUGCCAUCCUCCUGUUGGAGUACAAGACAAAGGCAGAGAUGUCCCACAUCCCUCAGAGUCAGGACGCCCAUCAGAUGACCAUGGAGGACAGCGAACACAACUUCCAGAACACCACCGACAACAUACAGAUGGACGUGUUCCAGGAGGCGAAGGCGGAUGACACCGUGGAGGUGAAGGAUGAGGCGGAGACACAGGUCCGCUCCCGAAGACUUCCUCUAACCAGGAAGUUCUACGCCUUCUACCACGCCCCCAUCGUCAAGUUCUGGUUCAACACGCUGGCGUACCUGGGCUUUCUGAUGCUGUACUCGUUUGUCGUUCUGGUCCGGAUGCCCGAGUUUCCGUCUCCUCAAGAGUGGGUGGUCAUCCUCUACAUAUUCACCUCCGCCAUCGAGAAGAUACGAGAGAUGUUUAUGUCUGAAGCUGGGAAGAUUAGCCAGAAGGUUAAAGUCUGGUUCAGUGACUAUUUUAACCUCUCAGACUUCCUGGCUAUUGUCACCUUCUUUGUGGGCUUUGGAUUGAGGAUCGGAGGAGAGGAUGUGCUUGUCCCAGGCCGGACUGUGUAUUGCUUGAAUAUCAUCUUCUGGUACGUGAGACUCCUAGAUAUUCUGGCAGUCAACCAGCAAGCAGGACCGUAUGUGAUGAUGAUCGGUAAAAUGGUGGCCAAUAUGUUUUAUAUUGUGGUGAUCAUGGCGGUGGUGUUGUUGAGUUAUGGCGUGCCGCGGAAAGCCAUCCUGUACCCAAAUGAGGAGCCCAGUUGGACGCUGCUCAAAGACGUGGUGUUCCAGCCAUACUGGAUGAUGUACGGGGAAGUGUAUGCGUAUGAAAUCGACGUGUGUGCCAAUAAUACUGAUACGAAUGUGAAAUCCCUGUGCUCCACUUCAGUGUGGAUCACACCUUUCCUACAAGCAGUCUACCUCUUUGUCCAAUACAUAUUGAUAGUUAACCUUCUCAUCGCCUUCUUCAAUAAUGUGUACCUCCAAGUGAUGUCAAUCAGUAAUCUGGUAUGGAAGUACCAGAGGUAUCAUUUCGUCAUGGCCUACCAUGAGAAGCCAGUCCUCCCUCCUCCCCUCAUCCUCCUCUCCCACCUAGUCUCUUUCUUCUCCUGCAUCUGUCACAAGAGGAAGAAGGACAGUCACUCUUACGGACCAAAGUUGUUUCUAACGGAGGAGGAUCAGAAGAAGCUCCAUGACUUUGAGGAGCAGUGUGUGGAGACGUACUUCCAUGAGAAAAACGACCAGUUCCACUCAGGGAGCGAAGAGCGCAUCCGCCUCACCUCAGACAGGGUUGAGACCAUGUGUAUCCAGCUGAAGGAGGUCGGUAAUAGAGUGAACUUCAUCAAGCGUUCCCUCCACACGCUGGACUCUCAGAUCGGCCACCUUCAGGACCUGUCAGCUCUUACCGUGGACACCCUGAAGACCCUGACCGCUCAGAGGGCCUCUGAAGCCAGCAAGGUCCACAACCAGAUCACCAGGGAGCUCAGUCUGUCCAAAAACUUUGCCCCCGGCCUGGCCCCCACCCCUCAGGACCCUACCCCUCAAUCCAAGGGGGUCAAACGCAGCGUGGGCGCCUACUUCGGUUCCUCCUUCCCCCAGGUGUCCGGGGUGGUGGUGGGGGGCAACAUGGCUGAUUCUCUGUUUGGGAGUGGGGUGGAUCCAAACCCGCCACUGACGCUCAGUCCCCCAGAGCGGAGAGGAGACUGGGCUGGGCUGGGGCACCAAGCUACUGCUGCUAUAGAGGCUGGAUCCUCCACGGGUGGCAGUGCCAGUGCCAGUCACAGUGCCUUCUCCCUCUGCCCAGCUCCGGCGCCCCCUACUGUCAGUCCUCCAGAGCUGCGGCUACGCGGCCACUCCUUCACCCAGUGGCAGCUGACCCGUCCAGUGCAGGUGGGCAUCUCCGACUGCCCCUCCAGCCUGCCCAGUGUGCCCUCUGCUAGGGCUGCUUUCUACGUCAGCUCUACCCCCUCCCAGCCCUCUGUCUCCAGCCACCCAGAACUCAGCCUGGCUGGGACAGACAAAGACAGAAUCUCUGCUUCCACCUCUGCCUUUGCUGUAGAGUUUGGUGCGUUUGUUGGUCAUAAAGACAACCUGCACCUGGACCUGCAGCGCUCCUUCCCCAGAGACAUCUCCUCCACAGCCGCCUCCUCCAGACAGCUCAGCCCAGCCACGCAGCACAGGGAACAGGGUCAUCCUGAAGGCCAAGGUAAUAUGAGGAUGGUCAACUCGUAUGCUGGCUUCACUGAGUUUGACCGGAGUCCCUCCUUCCUCCAUCCAGACUCCUCUCUGAGUAAGAGAGAGAGGAGCGGCGUGUCAGCGGAAGACAUCCUCAUCCACGAAGACCCCAGAGCUGCACUACUACUGGAGAGGGCUCAGGUCAAGACAGCUCAGGCCAGCAGUCUCAGGGCACCAGGGGAGGACUCAGGUAUAAAUGCUGCAUCAUGUCUCUACAGACACGCCCACCUGGGGAGCAGGAAGGAUUCAAUUGGUUCCCCUUUCAAGCCAAUGGAAAGCUACCAAUACUCAGCUGUGGAGCGUAACAACCUGAUGAGGCUGUCUCAGAGCAUCCCCUUCACCCCAGUGCCCCCUAGAGGUGAGCCAGUAACAGUGUAUCGUCUGGAGGAGAGUUCUCCCAACACCAUCAACAACAGCAUGUCCUCCUGGGCUCACAAAGGUCUCUGUGCCAAGAUAGAGUUCCUCAGCAAGGAGGAGAUGGGAGGGGGGCUGCGACGUGCACUCAAGGUGCUGUGUACGUGGUCGGAGUAUGACAUUCUGAAGCCAGGUCACCUGUAUAUCGUUAAGUCCUUCCUACCAGAGGUGGUCCAGACCUGGCAGAGCAUCUACAAGGAGGACACUGUACUGCUGCUCUGUCUCAGGGAAAUUCAACAGCAGAGAGCUGCUCAGAAACUAACAUUUGCAUUCAACCAAAUGAGGCCCAAGACAAUCCCUUACUCUCCCAGGUUUCUGGAGGUGUUUCUGUUGUACUGUCACUCAGCAGGCCAGUGGUUCGCUAUAGAGGAGUGUAUUACUGGAGAGUUCAGGAAGUUUAACAAUAACAACGGGGACGAGAUUGUCCCAACCAACCUUCUGGAGGAGACCAUGCUGGCCUUCAGCCACUGGACAUACGAGUACACCCGGGGAGAGCUGUUAGUGCUGGACCUACAAGGAGUGGGGGAGAUUCUGACUGAUCCAUCUGUCAUAAAGAGUGGAGAGAAGGGGUCAUAUGACAUGAUAUUUGGUCCUGCCAACCUGGGAGACGACGCCAUCAGAAACUUCCGGGCCAAACACCACUGCAACUCUUGCUGCAGGAAACUCAAACUUCCUGAUCUGAAGCGGAACGAGUACACACCGGACAAACUGAUGCUGCCUCAGGAUGAAUCACACGACCCCGGAAGCGGGACCCGCCACUCAAUGAGGCUCAUGCUCUGAUCCUAUAGGACACAACCAGAGAGAAGAGGCCGGUGCUGUUAUUCUAUUGGCCAAUGCCAGAGAGGAGGGAGGAAGAAGUAGUGCGCACAGCUCAUGGCUAGAAGGGAUCCAGCUUUUGUCAAAUUAGCAUCAGAUUUGACGGACUUAACGCAGCAGGUUAGGAGAAUUAUGUUAAUGUUAGGAAAAUAUUUAGGGUUAGCAAAAAAUAUAUAUAUAUAUAUACUUUUUUCAUUCAUUUGACAAAAGCUGGAUAAGGUGGGUCUAGCCAUGACACACCUCAUCCAAUCAACUGGAAGAGCCACACCUGUGUUUCCAUGGAGACGCAUGCAUGCAGAACUGUUACUUUUGUAUCUGCCCAACCAAGGCCAAUCAGCAACCAAGAUGAUUUUAAAAAAAUUAAAAAAUGUAAAUGGGGAACAAAACUUUUUAAAGAUGUUUUUUACUACAAGUUUAUAUGUUAUGAGUGUGUAUAUAUCUAUAUAUAAAUGGCUAUCAACAGGUACAAUAUCAUUGCAUAAAGAGACAGUAUAGUACUUAUUCUGAACUAUGAAAAGUUGCCUUGUAUAAACUAAAGUGCAUUGUCUGUCUGUAAUGCAAGACUGUAAGGGUCAACCUGCUGAGAUACAAUUUGCAACACUUUAUACAGAAUGUCACCAGAUACUUUUUUAUAAAUGUAAAAUACAUGUAUUAUUAUGGCAUUAGUGGUUCAUAUUUAAUGAGAAGACACAUGAAUUUGAAAAUCUUGUAAAAUAUGGGCAGAUUGCAAUGCAACUUUUACAGUACAUAUAUGUAAUAAUUGUAUUGUGUUGAACUCUUCUGAAAUGUGUCCACUGAAUAUUGCUGAUAGUUUUUAAAUGUUACAAUGCUGGUACUAUUAUUGUUAUUUCUUUGUCAUCACGUAUUGAAUGAGCAAAUACCAAUCUAGUGUAUCUUAUAGAUACUUAUAUCUGCUACUGAGCAGAAGCAGAUGCUGUUUUUUUCAGGGGAGUGUAAGGGUCUAUUACUCUAUACAUGUUCUACUGUAUAACAUUUUAAACUAAUAAAAUGACAGUUAUGUUCCA